AUGACACAACAACAACCAAUUCCCAUAUGUUUAUUCACUUAUAAUAUAAACAAACAACCUAUAAAUGAAUCGCUAUUAUCAGAUAAAUUGAUGGACGAACUACCUAUAAAAUUAUCAGAUUUAUAUUGUUUUGGUUUACAAGAAUUCUGUUCAAUUUUAGAUGGUUGUUUCCAUUCAAAUGCAAAUCAAAUACUCAUUAAUUUUAAUUCAUUUUUGUUAUGCUUAUUAAAUGAUAAAUAUGGUGUUAAUUUUCAAACUUUAGCAAUGGAUCAUAUUGGUUCAACGGGUAUUAUAUUAUUAUCUCCUUAUGCUUUUAAAUUUCAAAAUAUCAAAAUUGGAAAAUCAUCAGUUGGUUAUUUUAAUAGUUCAAUGAAAGGUGGGGUUGGUGUAAGAUUAACUUAUUCUCCAAGAGGUAAAUAUGAUACUCAAAAGGUGGAAAUUUCGAUUUUAUCAUGUCAUUUAAAUGCUUAUGAGGGUGAAUAUUAUUAUAAUUUAAGAAAAGAAAAGUUAAAUACUAUUAUUAGAUCGCUUGAUUUUAAAGAUGGUUAUGGUUUAAUUAAACCAUAUAAUCAUAUAUUUAUAAUGGGUGAUUUAAAUUUCAGGACAGCAAAAGAAUUUAAAUCCGAUUCAGUCGAGACAACGAAAUUAUUUGCAAUAAAUGAUCCCAGUAUGCUCAAUGGAGAAGAUAAUAUAAUUAGUUUAAAUGAGGAACUUGAUGAACUAACAAAAGGUUUAAGAGAAGGGGAAAUUUUGGUGGGAUUUAGUGAAAGUGAAAUAAAAUUUCAACCAACUUAUAAAUAUCAUUUAAAUACCCUGAUUUAUAAUUCUAAAAGAUCUCCAAGUUGGUGUGAUAGAAUUUUGUAUUUGAAUACUUAUGAGACUUCAGAUAUUGAUGAUUUCAAAUUAAAUUUAACGAAAACUAAAUUACCAAAACAUGAAAUUUUUCCAAUUAUAAACAAAUAUUCAUCAAUUGAUUCAAUAUUAUUGUCAGAUCAUAAACCUGUUAUUUUAGAUAUUACAAUACCGUUCAAACCACCAAAACUGAUUAUUAAUGAAUUAUCAGGAUGUUUACAGAUUUUACCAUUAAGUUUAAAUAAUGAAGCGAAAUUUAAUAAUCUUGGUAGCUUGAAAAGCUUAUCACUUGAAGAAAAUGUAGCAAAUGGUCCUACAACUAUUUAUUUAAAACCAACCAAAUUAGAUUUUUUGGUUCAAAAUAUAAAUCGACCAGUAGUAGAUUGGUUAUUGGGACAUAGUUUGUGGUUGACGACAACUCAAAAUGGUAGAUUAUUAGUAUUCAUAAUUUUGUUAAUGCUUUGGAGUGUUUGGUACGUUGGUGGAUCUACGUAG